CCGCCAUCUUGAAAACGAAUUGUUGUCAUGUUUACGUUGUGUGUGAAAGGUGAAAUUUCUAUUUUGUGAUUAAUUUAAUCAGAACAUUUUUGAUGUAACUGCUGGUCGGGUUUGAAGAAACACUAUGUUUUACGCACAUUUUGUGCUAGCCAAGAAGGGCCCGCUAGCCAAGAUUUGGCUGGCGGCCCACUGGGACAAGAAGCUGACGAAGGCUCAUGUGUUUGAGACCAAUAUUGAGCAGUCAGUAGAUGGCAUCCUGAAGCCGAAGGUGAAAAUGGCCCUGCGUACUUCUGGCCAUCUAUUGCUUGGUGUUGUAAGAAUCUACUCUAGAAAGGCCAAAUACUUGCUCCAGGAUUGUAAUGAAGCCUUUGUCAAGAUCAAGAUGGCCUUCAGACCAGGCAUGGUGGAUUUGCCUGAGGAGCACAGAGAGGCUGCCAUGAAUGCUAUCACCCUGCCAGAAGUGUUCCAUGACUUUGAUACCGCUAUGCCUGAGUUAAAUGAGGUGGACAUUGAAGCCCAGUUCUCAUUAAACCAGUCAAGGGCAGAGGAAAUCACCAUGCGUGAAGAUUAUGGCUCUUUGAACCUUGUAACUCAUGAUGAUGGAUUUGGAGACAUGGGUUUUGAUACUGAUAACCCUGAUAUUAUGAGAGAAGCUAUUGGAAACGAAGGGGCCUUAGAACAGAGUAAUCUGUUGUUUGCGGAUGGGUCAUCCUUAGAGCUGGGGGGCAAAGGCCCGGGUGUGGCCAGUACGAGCGCGGAGGGCGUGCCGACGCUGGCGACUCCUGCGCACGAACGACGGAUGGAGGCUGCGCCCCACGGACCCAUGGAUGAUGGCUUCGGAGGCACCAUCACUGAUGUCGCAGAUUUUAGUCACGCGGGCGGUCUGUUCGAGGGCGAUUUGUUCGGCGACGUGUCCACGGGCGCGGCGGGCGGCGGCACGCUUCCUGGUGCCGCCGCGCAGCCGCAGUCACUGCAGGCGGAGAUCGAGGCGGCGGGCGUGGCGGGAGGUGCGGGGGACGCGGCGCCUGAGCCGCCGGACUCCGACGAUGACAUGGCCGACCACUAUGACGCCGGGACCUCGCCAGCACAUAGCUGGGGCGGGUCCCCGCCACACUCGGCGGCUGCUCUGGACGACCCGGCUAACCUAAUGCCGCCGCCCGCCGUGCCGCGUCCGCCCUCCGUCAGGCCCAUGGAGGUGGACAGCGAGGGCGGCGUCCCGGCGGAGGCGGCGGCCGAGGCUGCGGAGGCGGGCCCGGCGCCGGCGCACGACAACACCACGCUGCUGCACAACGACGAGGAGAGCUUUGCGCUCGCGCCUGUUGACGCCACCGUGCUUAAAGGCAUCACAAAAACAAAACGCAAACGCAAGCUGAUCGUGGACGAAGUGAAGAACAUAUCCGGUGAAGAGAUGAAGAACCAACUGAGUAACACUUCGGACAUCGUAACCACAUUAGACUUAGCGCCGCCUACCAGACGCCUGAUGCACUGGAAAGAGACGGGAGGCGUGGAGAAGUUGUUCACUCUGCCAGCCCGCCCCAUACCGUCGAAGGUUCUGUUCAAGAAGUACCAGAGAAACAUGACGCUGAGGAGUGAGACGGAGGAAGGAGAAGAGGAGGGCAAACGAGCUGAGCCUGAGCCCGUCCGGCGGGGAGGACGCAAGCGACGUCACGAGGAGACUUUCCAAGCACCCGAAACGCCGGCACCUCAAUCAACAGCCGAUCUGGAGCCACCGACCCCAGUGCCACAGGAAUACGAACCUUCAGUCGAACCGGAGCGCGCGCCCGAGACUCCUGCCUACCCUAUGACGCCGAGACAUGACGACGAAGCGCCCGCCACGCCAGGAGGUAUGUUGAGUGCGUUGGGCGCGCCGCUGACGCCGGGCGGGCUUGGCCCGCUCACGCCGGGCACGCUGCUGCAGGGCGGACUCACGCCUGCGGGGCUGCAGCACGGCGGGAUGACGCCUGGCGGUCUCCAACAUGGUGGUAUGACGCCAGCGGGGUUACAACAUGGGGAUGGUCAAGACUUGGGCGGCAUGACACCGGCUGGGUUACAUCAUGGUGGUAUGACCCCCGGCGGCAUGACUCCGGGUCUCCUGGACAGCGGGAUGACCCCUGCGGGGCUGGUGCACGGCGGACUCACGCCGGCGGGGUUACAUCACGGCGGCAUGACGCCAGGUGGUUUAGACCAUGGCGGUAUGACGCCGGGCGGCCUGCAGCACGGCAUGACGCCGGGCGGGCUGGGGCACGGAGGCAUGACGCCCGCCGGCCUGCAGCAUGGAGGGAUGACGCCCGCGGGUCUGCAACACGGCGGCAUGCUAUCGCACAGUAUGGAGCAGAUGCCCAUGAUGCCUCAACUGGGCACGGAGCAGUCCCCGCUCACACGCGCCGCGAGCCAGUCGCACGUGUCGCCGAUGCCCUGCGAACCAUUACUGCAUGGGUUGCUCGAGCAUUCCGAUUACCAGAGUGGUAUGCAGAUGACAAACUUAGGAUACGACGACCAGCAAGCCCACCACAGUCCGCCGCACGACUACGAUCUGCCGCUUAGUGUGGAACAUCCGGAGGAAGGAGAGCGCGAGGCGGGUGAGACAGACGAGCAGUUCGAGGAGCGCGUGCUGAACAGACGCGCGGCGCAGCUGUUCACCGCCAUGAGGCCCAAGCUCGCCGCCGGCCUCGAGCUCAGCUUCAGCGACCUCGCGCCUAGGCACAAUAAUAGAAAGCAGGUUGCACAGAAGUUUUAUAGUUUAUUAGUCUUGAAGAAGCAUCAAGUACUGAAAUUACAUCAGACGGAAACCUAUGGAAACAUCAUCAUUAGUAGGGGCAAUCAGUUCGAGACAGAAGCUAUCUAAUGAGAUGCUGCGUUAUUUAUAUUAUUAUGUAAUAUAAAGAAAUAUCAAGAUUAGUUGAUAAAAGAGUAUAAUGAUGAAUAGUUGUAAAGUUCAGGACUUCUGGGAAUAGGUUGAGCCAAAUAUAAUGUGUAAGUUUACCUCGUGACUCGAGCCCGUGAAGGUGUGUACUUGAUAACUCAUUGGACCAAAUAAUAUUACGAUUUUAUGAAUAAUGAUCUCAUAAGGAACAAAUUGCAGAUUUAUUACUGGACUAAAGCAAUUCAUGGACUCGAAUCAUAAGUGAAUGCAGUUGAUAAAAGUAAUUAAUUAUGUUUGAUGAACCUGAUAGACAAAUGCCUUAUUUUGUUUUGCUCUAGGAUAAGUGAAAUUAUUGUAAAGAUGUUUACAGAUCGUUUCUAGCUUGUCAGUGGUUAGUAUUGCUAUAUUUGUUAUGUAUUCAGACCCAAAUUAUGUAGCCCAGUUGUGUGGAGAAUUAUGUAUGUUUGAUUGUACCUAUUUUAAUCUCUUCUCAAAGAAGUGUAGACUUUAUUUACGUUUGACAUAAUGCGUGUUAUUUUAUCUUUCUGAACAGUUUCUGAAGUGGACGUUUGGACUUAACUUUGGAUUUUUUACUAUUAUUAUUAGGGUACAAAAUAAAGUAUAAGGAUUGAGAUGUUUAUGAGUGGUGAAUGGGACUUUAUCCUUAGUACCUGUAGCUAGCUAGAACCCCUCGUAUAGAUCUUACAUUUCGGGUAAAUGUGAAAUUUUCAGUUUAAUUUAUUUUUGUAAUGUUUUGGAAUUGGAAUUAUAGUUUGUAAUUUAGAUGUACAAAAAUUAAUUGUAAUAGGUAAUCGAACUCUAACACCAAAUCCGAGUUUAAUUAUAGGACAGUGAAUCAUUUUCUUUACAUUUCUUUGAGAAAAGCAUGUAUUGAAGUAUUUUUAAGCAAAGUGAGUACAAACCAUGUAUAUUUGUUUUGAAUUCAUUUUGAGAAAAUUCUAAAGCAUUCAGAAUGCCUGAAACAUUUUAGUAGCAAGUAUCAUUAGACAUUUUGUAAAGCCUAGAUCUAAGAGAUCACCUCUGCUAGUUUGGGAAGACAAAGUCCCAUGCAGGGGUGUUCGCUUAGAUGUUUACCAUAACACAUUUGCAAUAAAUUUGUUGAUAAUA